CCUCUAUACAGGUAGGAGGAGUGUGGGCGGGGCUGUGUGUGAAGCUCGCUAGGGGGCGGGGAGGCCCCACAAUGCACCGGGGGUCCUGCGGUGAUCGGACAGGACAUUUAUGGCUUCUGACGUCCACGACAAGGUGGAGCGACACCCCGGAGUGACCCCGACUUCCUCCAUACUGUCCGCCGCCCCGGAGAUCCCGCGCUCCGAGAGCCCCGCCCCCGCCCUGACCCAGGGCACCGAGCCAGGGGCGGGCCAGGAUGAAGCCAUGUUUGUCCACGCCCAGUCUUAUGAAGACCUCACUGGAGAGGUGGAGGUUCCCCUCCCCCGGAGUCCCGGCCCAGACGGCAGUGUGGAGAUCAGCAGCAUUGAGCAGAUCAGCGAGGACUUCAGCAAGCUCAGCACUCAGCUGAGUGUCAGCUCUGUACAGAGUAUGGAGCAGAGCCCGGAGGAGGGGGAGGCCCCUGACCAGGGACAGGAAGACACCGCUCCUUCAUCCAGCCCAGAAGGGGACGGCGGGAGUCGUGUUCUGGAUGACUGGUACGGGCACCAAAAACACGUCUUUGUCCUGAGCGAAGCUGGGAAGCCGGUGUAUUCUCGGUACCGGUCAGAGGAGGCGCUCUCGAGCACAGCCGGAGUGAUGAUGGCACUGGUGUCCUUUCUGGAAUCGGAGAAGAACGCCAUCCGCUCCAUCCACGCAGAUGGAUAUAAGGUGGUGUUUGUGCGUCGCUCUCCUCUGGUCUUGGUGUCGGUGUCGCACACUCAGCAGUCGGAGCAGGAAAUCGCUCAGGAGUUGCUGUACGUUUACUAUCAAAUUGUGAGCCUGGUCACCGGGACUCAGCUCCACCAUUUCUUCCAGCAGAGAGCCAGCUACGACCUACGCCAGCUCCUCUCCGGCUCCGAGCGCAUCACAGACAAGCUGCUGGAUUCCAUGGACGUUGACCCCAGCUUCCUCCUGGGGGCAGUGCGUUGUCUGCCCAUGGCGGCCAGCCUGCGAGAUUCGGCCAUGUACUGCCUUCAGCAAGCCAAGGCCAAAAGCUUGGUCUUCUCCAUUCUGAUGUCCAAUAACCAGCUGGUGACCCUGGUCAGGAAGAAGGACCAGUAUUUGCACCCCAUUGACCUCCACCUGCUCUUCAACCUGGUCACCUCCUCCAGCUCCUUCAGAGAAGGCGAGGCCUGGACACCAAUCUGCCUCCCCAAAUUCAAUGCCUCUGGCUUCUUCCACGCUCACAUCUCGUAUCUGAGCCACAAGCCUGAACUCUGCCUCCUGAUGGUGUCCACUGACCGAGAGGACUUCUUCACAGUCUCGGACUGCAAGAGAAAGAUCGUGGAGAGGCUGGAGAAGAAGGGAGUGUGGGCCCCGCUGAUGGAGGCACUGAGGAACCCCUUCUAUGAUGUCGCACAGAUCGGGAUCCCAGAACUGAGACAUUUCCUUUACAAAUCGAAGAGCUCCGGGCUUCUCACCAGUCCCGCCAUGGUGGCUCCCUAUGACACCGAUCAGGAAAGAAAGCGGCUGGUGGAAUUAUAUCAGUACCUGCACGGCAGAGCGCACUGCAGCGCCCGUCCCCUGAUCACCGUCUACCACUUGGGAGCCCAUGAGAACAUACUGGCCUGGGUGACGGAGGCUUUCGAACUCUACGUUUGUUUCAGUCCUCUGGGGACAAAGUCAUCAGCUGUCAGCGGGGUCUCUCGCCUGCUGCGAUGGAUCCGCAAGGAAGAGGACCGCCUGUUCAUCCUGAGCUCUCCCACAUACUGACUGUGAUGGUGAAACCCACAUCUGCUUUUGGACAGCACAUAUACUGACGGAGGAACCUUCCUUUAGAGGUGUCGAGGGUGCCCAUUGGAUGGGAUUUCCCAGAAUCCUCUGCGCUGUGAUUGGUAGCUCUAGCUCAUCACGCUUCUCUCGUGUCGCCGGAUGCUUGGAGCGACUGUAAUGAUGACUGAUUUCCGUUAUUUCGCCUCUAAAUAUAUACCUGUUUUUAGGAAAGGUUGGUUUGAUGUAUAGAAGAAGGAAUGGCAUGGGGGGGGGUUUGGAGCCUAUAAACUCAGUGGGGUAGAUUCAGGUAGCUUUGCGCAGUUUUU